AUGUCUGGCAUAACUACUCUAUAUGCCAGAGAUGCGGCCUCAGAUGCGGCCAAAGCUGCUGCAUAUAAGGCAACUGUGGAGUUGUGGACGCUCUAUUCGUUUGGAGUUGCUGUGACAUUACUCCGAACACAUGCUCGAGUAAGGGCUGUGGGCUUCAGGAAUCUGAAAGCCGAUGAUUACCUGAUCUGGGUCGCAAUCGUUUUCUAUACCGCACAAACAUCCCUGGCAUACAGUGUGGGUAAUAUCGCCCAUGGCCUCGCAAAUAAUAGCAUGACAGACGCUCAUCGCGCUGCGCUUUCUUCCGGAGAUCCUGAAUAUCAGGCCAGAGCGACCGGCUCUAAAAUCCAGGUCGCGGGAUGGACGACUUACGUGUUGCUUAUCGGGUCACUUAAAUUGUCCAUGCUCGCAUUCUACAUCCGACUUACGGAUGGUCUUAGUCGACGCUACCGCAUACCCGUUUACAUCGGAUUUGCCCUUGUCGGAGGAAGCAUGAUAGCUAGUGUCUUGACGAUUUUCACAGCAUGUCGCCCAUUCAACCAUUACUGGCAGAUCAACCCAGCACCUGAAAAUGUCUGUCAGCCCGCUAUUUCCAUGCCCAUCAUAUGGGUGACCUUUGCCGCAAAUCUCGCUACCGACCCAUACCUCAUCUUCAUCCCAAUUCCGAUGCUUUGGAAAUCGAGUCUCAAAUUGUUGAAAAAGAUCGCUGUGACAAUCGUCCUUAGUGCUGGUGUGUUUGUGCUCGUCUGCGCCACCAUCAAGAGCGUCUUUCUCAUUGUGGACCCUGUUAGCGGAGCACAGACAGCCGAGGAAUGGGGAACGCGAGAAACCUUCGUCGCCGUAAUCACCACCAACCUUCCCAUGAUCUUCCACCUCUUCAAAUCCUGGCUGGGCGCCAUAUUUGGCAGCGCCUUCCAAUCUACUCAAAAAAUAUACAAAACCCCCUCCGGUGGAUUCCGAAGCAUUGGUGGCGGCGAUUAUCAAAGUCGAGAUCGCCGUGGGCCGACAAGCUCGAAUCCUGUUACAGCCAAUAUGACCUUCAACGAAAGUGAGGAGCGAAUCGUUGAUAACGUCCACUUGGAGGGCUUAAAGGCUUACGCUGGGCCUGUUGGUGAAAACACGUCCUCGAAUGGGAUUGUGGUCUCGAGCCAGAUUGAAGUCACUCAUGAGGCGAUACGUAGUGCGAAUAGCGUACCCAUGCCAGAGCAAAACGUCCAUGAGCCUUGGUAA